AUGAGAUCUCUCAAAUGGAUCAUUGCAUGUCUCACUCUCUUUGUUCUAAGCCAAUCUCGAGGAUCAGUGAGUACAGAUUUGGUAGAAGAGACGUGCCACAAAACCACCAAUUACGACUUAUGUGUGUCAUCGUUAAAAUCUGACCCUCGUAGUUCUACAGCUGAUGUUAAAGGACUGGCUCGUAUUGCGCUUGACCAAACGCUGACCAAUUCUGUAGACACUCAAGCUCGAAUUGCGAGGUUGUUUAAUGAAACGAGUGAUGAGUAUAUUCGGAAAGGUCUUGGGACUUGCAAGGAUGAGUAUGAUUUGGGUGUUGGAAAGAUUACAGAGGCCACUAAAAAUGUGAUAUUGAGUCGCUUCGUGGACGCGAGGAAUGAUGUUGCAGAUGUUGCUGAUGAGGUAAACACUUGUGAAGAGUCAUUUUCCAGAGGAGGACGAUGGCGACAAUCACCAUUGACUGAUAGGAAUAAUGUCAUUGUUAGGUUUGCUAAAUUCACUGGAGAGAUAAUCGCCAUUCUUGGUUAA